CCUCCUCUUCCAGGAAGUCAAAAAAGCGUCAAACAAGGAGGAACAAGAGGAAAACGCAUCCUCCUCCUCACAUCUGUUCGUGUCCCGCAUUAAUGCGUUAAUCGUGUUAAUAGUUUAGAUUAUCAUUCAGAUCUGCUGUGUGAUGUCUAUAAGAGCGCGUAACAGAGAGAUCUGCGCAGACUGCAGCGCGCCCGACCCACGUUGGGCUUCAAUCAAUCGUGGUGUUUUGAUCUGUGAUGAGUGCUGUAGCAUUCACCGAGGGCUUGGUCGGCACAGCUCUCAAGUUCGACACCUAACCCAGACCACAUGGCCUCAGUCCCAGCUGCAGAUGAUAAAAUCCCUGUACAGUAAUGGAGCAAAUUCAAUCUGGGAACACAGUUUAUUAGAUCCGUCUUCUAUCAUGAGUGGAAAACGGAAAGCCAACCCUCAAGACCGCGUCCAUCCUAAUAAAACAGAUUUCAUUAAGGCUAAAUAUCAAAUGCUGGCUUUUGUUCAUCGAAUGCCAUGCCGCGAAGAUGACAGCAUUACAGCUAAAGACCUCAGCAAGCAACUUCACUCAAGCGUUCGAACGGGCAAUUUGGAGACGUGUCUGCGGUUGCUGUCGCUGGGAGCACAGGCAAACUUUUUCCAUCCAGAGAAAGGAAAUACUCCACUACAUGUGGCAGCUAAAGCCGGUCAGCUGUUACAGGCAGAGCUUCUCACGGUUUAUGGGGCAGAUCCUGGAGCUCCAGACAGCUCGGGGAAGUCCCCCAUUGACUACGCCAGGCAAGCAGGACACCAGGAGCUCGCAGACAGACUGGUGGAGAUACAGUUUGAGCUGACAGACAGACUCGCUUUUUAUCUGUGUGGGAGAAAGCCAGAUCAUAAAAACGGUCAACACUUUAUCGUUCCACAAAUUGCAGACAGCAGUCUUGAUUUGUCUGAACUUGCCAAAGCAGCAAAGAAGAAGCUUCAAUCUCUUAGUAAUCAUCAGUUUGAAGAACUAGCCAUGGAUGUUUACGAUGAAGUUGACAGAAGAGAAACGGAUGCAGUGUGGCUUGCGACUCAGAACCACAGCACCUUCGUAACAGACACUACCAUUGUACCCUUCCUCCCUGUCAACCCUGAAUAUUCUUCUACUAGGAAUCAGGGUCGACAGAAGCUGGCGAGAUUCAAUGCACACGAAUUUGCAACGCUGGUUAUUGACAUUUUGACAGAUGCCAAACGCCGUCAGCAAGGGAAUUCACCUGAUAAUGUCAAAGAAAAUGUGGAGUUAAUUCUGAAGGACAUCGGUAACCGCCAAGACACCGAAAGUUCAGAGAUCGAUCAACCUGAUUAUGACAGCGUCGCAUCCGACGAGGAAAACGAACAGGAACCUACAUCUGGAAAAGAUGAGAGGACCAAGAGCUCAGAGUCUUCAGACCUGUCUGACAGUCCCAUUACUGUACAGGAGUUCAUGGAGGUGAAAACUGCCCUCAACGCCUCGGAGGCAAAGAUUCAGCAGCUCCUUAAAGUCAACUGUCAUCUUAGUGAGGAGCUAAGAAACAUGCAGACCAAGCUGAACUCUCUCCAGAACGAGAACAGCACUCUACGAUGGCAAACUCCUGAUAGUUUGUCAAGGCCACAGGAUCUCCCUCACAGGACGGCUCCUCGUGGGUGCAGGGCCAUGUCAAUGUAUGAGACCGGCUCGGGUCUGAGGCAGUACCACCCUAGAACUGAGACGACCCGCCGCGACACAACCCUGAAUCUUCAACCGCUGCCUUCGAACAUUGGGAAGGGUCCCUCGGUGACCACCUUCUCCUCUCUCCCCUCGUUCCCCUCACCUCUGUCCUGGUCCUCGGAUGAGCGAACCCAAAGGGGUUCGAGUCUGGACGGACACAGCAGCUUGCCGGAGCGAGAUUGUGAUAACACGCUGAACCAUGUCACAGAGUUCACAGAAGAGUCUGGGACGCUGAACCGUAACGUCUCCAGGAGCAGCGGGUGGCUGGGUGACGCUGGAGUUCUGCCGUCGGAAAGCGGGUCUGAGGGCGAGUGUGACCCUACGUUACCCUGCACGGAGGACGUCAUCAGCAAGACGGAGCUGAUCACCAAAAACAUCCAGGAGUUACUGAGAGCCGCACAGGAGAAUAAACACGAGAGCUUUGUCCCGUGUUCGGAGAGAAUUCUGGCCGCGGUGACAGAAAUGGCAACGUUAUUUCCUAAGAGACCAUCCUCUGAGACCAUCCGUGGGUCCUUGCGUCUGCUGACCUCCAGUGCCGGUCGUCUGCAGUGCGAGUGUCAAAAGGCAAUGGCGCACGACUCGCAGCAUGUCAUUCAGUGUGCCUAUGACAUCGCCAAAGCGGCUAAACAGCUAGUUACUGUAACAACCAAAGACAGUAACUGACCAAAGUCUUGGCGAACUUGUCAUUUUAUUUUUGUGCUGUUUUUGGUUUUAUAUCAGUAUUAUUGGUGAUGUGUUCAUUCAAGCAACACGAUUUAGGUGGGCUAUUGCAGUUUUUCGACAUUUCAAAAUUAGUUAACUUAACUUUCAGGCAACAAAGCCUUGACUAUUUUUUUGUGUUUAUCAUGCAUUAUUAUGAAAAGUUUUAAUGAACUAAUAUUUUUGCUUAACAUGGUGCUAAUAACUAAACAGUAUGUCUGUGCUUGUAUGUGUGAAUAAACAGAACAAGUCCUUUAGGCGUUCAGAAACACCAGAUAAAGUUUCAGUGGGACAAAAAACUAAACCGAAUCUGGCUGCUGCUGAAAUUCAACUAGUGUAUACUGAUUAUUACUCGCAGUGUGACAGCCAACAUGAAAAAUACUAUAAUAUACUUUAGCUUUUACUAUACUGUACUGUAGUACAUUUCCUAGAUACUGUAGGGUUUUUGAACAUUACUAUAGUAAAUAAAUAUUAGACUAUACAACAGAUUUACUACAAUUUAUAAUUGACUGUGUAGUAAAUACUACAAAAUAUUACAGUAGAAAUGACCAAAGUCUGUUAAUUACUACAGUAUGCUACGGUAAAUUCCUAUAGUGAGUACUAAAGUAUACUACAGUGUUUGCAUGUAACAAGGAUGUAAACAUGACAAUGCCUCAUUUCCUGUGCAAUAAAUCUUUCAUUUAGCUGCAAAAUGCUACAUUCAACCAUAUUGUGUUAAAAGUGUGUAGUGCUUUAGUAUGCAAGUUGUUAUGCAUUACACAUCUGUACACGCUUGGGUGUCUAUCAUACACUUAAAGGUGCAGUGUCAUUUCUGCACCACAAGUGAACAUCUGUCUGUUUAAGAGGACUAACUGGUCCUAAUAAAACAACAUUUUUAAGCAAUGCACAAACAACACACCGCAGCACUGAAAAAAAGUGCACUUACAUUUUUAAGUUGAAUCCACUUAUUUACAAUUUGAAAUUAAUACAACUUGAAAUUUUUACUUUCUUGACUAGUGAGGAGUUAAUUUAUAAAAAUUAAAUUAAGCUUUUUAUAAUUUAUAGCAACUCCUCACUUGUCAAGAAAGUUGAAAUGAAUUGUAAAUUCAACUUAAAAAUGUAAAUGCCACAAAGAAGUUUUUACAGUAAAAGGUUUUUCUUAAUAAUAACAUGCAAACCUUUUAAAACAGACCUGACAUGAGCUCCUAGAUUAAACUGUGAUACUAUAUAAGCUAUGGUGCAAUUUUUACAGGAAUCACUUGGGAAAAAGUAUGACAAUAGAGAAUGACUAUCGAAAGGCUUUUAAAGAAUGGGCCAUUAUUACUGUGCUCUGAAGCAGACGGUCUUUAUGCGAUUGUAGUGACACAGAAAUGACACAUUUAAAGAUACGAUUGGGAUAACUGCUCACAUUGCGAAGGUUUUGAAAUAAUACUGAGUGAAGAGUGAGUUUGGCUGGAAACAUUUAAUGUCAAUAUAUAUAAUAUCAAUCAUAUGUUUAUUAUUAUUUUUAAUAUAAAUAAUGCAUUGCUUUUUACUCAAUCAUUUCUUUUUUUAUCCAGUGCAGAUUGGCGUCUGUGUGCAAUCUGUUGUUUUUAUUCUGUGCAGUUUUUAUUGCGGUAAUCUGUGCCAGCUUUCAUUUGUUAAGAUCAUCAAAGAAUGUCAAGAGUUUAUUCAGACAAUCCUGUUGCUCUGAAUAAACUCUACCUAAUGUUCAAAGAAUGUUCAUUGUACAGUAUUUUGUGUGUCUGAAAAAAUGUAUGUUCAUGUGCUGCCUUGAUAAUACCAAUACCACAAAUGGUCAUUGUGAUGUUGCAAAGUAAUACAUGUUCCUAGGCCAGCAUUUUUGUCUGAUCUGUUUAACCAUUCCUAUCAAAAAUGCCACUUUCUUUAACCAUUAACUACUCUCAGAAAUAAUAGGAAACUGAUGUGUUAACCAUAACAUAGGAUUUAUUGAUAGAAAUGCUUUAGUAGAACCAACAAGGAUGAUGAUCUGCAAUGUGUCCUACCUGGCAAAAUCAGGGUCACCUAACACAAACAACUGCCUAACAGCUGCUGUGCUAAUAAUUGUGUAUUUUUGUGGUAUCUCUGUAUUAUUUACUACAUUGUAUUAUAUACAAGUUAUAUAUGUAAGCUGCUGGUUGUUAACUAUGUAUGCAACUAAUCUGAUGGAGUUUAAUCUCGUCCUUUCAUUUCUUGCUGCAGUAGCCGGUGGAUGUGUACACAUGCAUCCACCUGCUCAAUGCUAAAAGUCACAUCUGCCUUCUUUUUGAUCUCUUAUUUAGCAGCUGAUGCUGUUUCCACAAAAGUCUUGUUACUAAAUAUAAUAAAACAGCAUUUACC